AUGUUUCCAGGCUUCGCUCGAAGACAGCCAGCAAAAGUGCCGACUGAUCGGGUGGUUCCACUGCGGUAUUGGGAUGAUCUGGAGUACAUUCGAGGGAUCUGUCACGACUUCACCUUCCGCAUCGACGAUGUCCUCGAUGUCCAAAAGCUUGAAUCAGCGUUGUCUCGGUUGAUGGAAAUUGGGAAUUGGGGGCAGCUCGGUGCUCGCUUGCGAUUGAGGAGUGACAAGCGAUUGGAGUAUCACAUACCAGCCAACUACACCGAGACGCGUCCGCCUUUCAUCUUCACCACGGCGAACUACGAUAUGAACAUCGGUGAGCAUCCAAUUGGGUGUGAAUUGCCGAAGCAAGACUACGAUCAGUCGUUCUUAUCCCCUCCGGGGAGGUUUUUCGAAUCGUUAGUCCGUCAUCCGGACAGUCCCAAGGAGCUGGCCGACUGGAUUUAUUCGGACCGUCCCCAGCUUCACAUCCAUGUCGUUUCGUUCCGCGACACCACCCUGAUCACGACCAGCUAUAUACAUACACUGUUCGAUGCGAUUUCUCGCACCUCAUUUUGGAAGGCGUGGAGUGCGGUGCUGAGCGGUCAUGAAGAAAACCUUCCGCCGAUGGUCUCGUUCGAUCAAGAUCCGCUCCAUACGCUGGGGCAGGAUUACCCGAAAGAAAGAUACCACCACUUUGGGCUCUUGUUGCGCGGGAUCAGCCUUGUGAUGUUUGGUAUUCGAUAUAUGAUAGAGCUACUGUUCACCCAGGAUGUGGUGGACCACACCAUUCGUGUGCCAGGAAACUACGUGACCAAGAUGAGAGAGCUGGCACGACAGGAGCUGGCCGAGACAGCUCCCAAGGGAGCCGAAGUUCCUUUUGUCAGCGAAGGGGAUGUAGUCAUCUCAUGGUGGAUGAGGACCAUGAUCACAGCGCUGAAGCCUUCACCAGAACGACCGAUUCUAUUGAUGAACGUGUUCAAUGUAUGGAAGCUUUUCCCGGAGUGGUUCCCUCCUAAUGGAGCUGGCUUCAUCGGGAAUGCAUUCUUCUAUUCCUACACGCUCCUCUCCUCGAACAAGGUUCUCCACGACGGUAGCCUGGCAUACACCGCAGUCAAGAACCGCCAGGCGCUGAUGGAGCACAGGACCCGGGAACAAGUUCAGGCGAUGACAGCCAUUCAGAGGGAAUCCUACAAAAGGACGGCGCCGGUGAUCGGGCGGUCAAAUAAUUUCUUCAUGGCCUGCACGAACCAACAGAUGUCGGGCAACUUCAAUGCCGAUUUCUCGGGCGCGGUGAUCAAGCCCGGUGUGCCUUUGGCUGACCGGGCGCAUGCGCUGGGUCAACCCUCGUAUAUCAAUGAUAUUGAACAUGCUCGGGGAUAUCCAACUCGCAAUGUGGUUCGCAUUCUUGGUCAGGAUGCAGCUGGGGACUGGUGGCUUCUAUUUAAGACCCGAUCGGGGGCAUGGCAAGAGAUUCACCGGCAAUUGAUGUCUAUUUAUGACGAUGAACCAAUUCUGGGCGAACAUUCCGAGGUUGCGAAACAGUGA